GCUGUGUUUGGGCUGGAGUUGCGGCGGAGCGGGAUCGGGAGCGGAGCUGUGCGGUCGCCGCCGGGCAGCGCGUUCCGGGCACGGCGCUCGGCGCCUAGCCCCAGCCGCGGGGAGCGAACGCGGGAUGGCCGCCUCCGGCGGGGUGCGGCGCGGCGCGCUGGGCUGAGCGGAGCGAGCCGCGGCCGCCCGCCCGCCAGGACCAUGCCGUCGGGGAGGGAGCCGGGCGCCCCUCGGCUGCGGGAUCCGAGCGGGGCGGCUGCCCCGGCAGCGGCCGGCAGCGCUUGAUCCCGCGCCGCGCUGCCCCCGCGCACCGCCAUGGACGAGCGCUUCAACAGGUGGCUGCUGCCGCCGCUGCUGGCGCUGCUCUUCCUGCUCAUCAUCUACCAGUACGUGUCGCCCGCCUGCCCCGGCGCCGCCUGCCCCCGCCGCCCGCCGGCCUCCGCCGCCCGCCGCGGGGGGGGCCCGGAGGAGCGGGAGGAGGAGGAGGAGGCGGUGGCGAUGCCGCGGCUGGCGGCCAAGUUCCCGUUCGCCCGGGGGGAGCUGUGCCGGCGGGUGCGGUUCGACAUGCGGGGCCGCGACGUGAUCGUCUUCCUCCACAUCCAGAAGACGGGCGGCACCACCUUCGGGCGGCACCUGGUGCGCAACAUCCACCUGGAGCAGCCCUGCUACUGCCGGGCCGGGCAGAAGAAGUGCGCCUGCCACCGCCCAGGCGGCGACAAGGACACCUGGCUCUUCUCCCGCUUCUCCACCGGCUGGAGCUGCGGGCUGCACGCCGACUGGACCGAGCUCACCAGCUGCGUGCCCGCCGCCAUGGAGCGCCGCGGCUGCGCCGGCAACCGCACCCUCAGGAAUUUCUAUUACAUCACCAUGCUGAGGGAUCCAGUGUCACGGUACUUGAGUGAAUGGAAGCAUGUGCAGAGGGGUGCGACGUGGAAAACAUCCCUUCAUAUGUGUGAUGGAAGAAGCCCGACACCAGACGAGCUGCCUACCUGUUAUGAAGGAGAUGACUGGUCUGGAGUCAGUUUACAGGAAUUCAUGGAUUGUAGCUACAACUUGGCCAGCAACCGCCAGGUGCGCAUGCUGGCAGACCUCAGCCUGGUGGGGUGCUACAACCUGACUUUUAUGAAUGAGAGUGAGAGAAAUAUGAUUCUUCUCCAAAGCGCCAAGAACAAUCUGAAAAACAUGGCCUUCUUCGGCCUGACGGAAUUUCAGAGGAAAACACAGUAUCUCUUUGAGAGGACAUUCAACCUGAAAUUCAUUUCACCAUUCACCCAAUUCAACGUCACGCGGGCCUCCAAUGUGGACAUUGGCGAGGAUGUGCGGCAGCGGAUAGAGGAGCUGAAUUUCUUGGACGUGCAGCUGUACGAAUACGCAAAGGACCUGUUCCUGCAGCGCUUCCAGUACUCCAAGCAAGAGGAGCAUCAGAAGAACAGGCUAAAGAGACGAGAGGAGCGGCGACUGCUGCGGGAGCAGAGAGCUCACCAGUGGCCAAGGGAAGAGGCAGCAGAAGUAGCUGUUACUGAAGAUUAUAAUAGUCAGGUUGCAAGGUGGUGAUGCUCCUCCAUCUUGCCUAACCAGUGAGAGGAUCAGAUUGUUUGUGCAACGUGGCUACCUGGGAAUUAGCCAACGGAGACCUACUGCUUUGGUAAAUGAGACCACGUCUGACAACUCCCCCUCCUUAUCUCAGUUUUUCUUGGUUUCUGCCAGUGAGAAUGUAUUUUUUUCUCAAUAGGUAUUGAUUAGUGUUAUUAAAUGGCAGUAGAAUAAGAUUCCUGUCGGAAAAGACUUCCUUCAAAGGUCUUAUCUAUGAGGAUGGGUUGAAGAGAGAGAGAGAGAGAGAGAUUGCAUUAAGAGAUGUACCCUGUACAAUGUGAGCUACUAAAACUUGUGCAGACAUGAAUGAUAAAUUGGGGAAAAAUACCUGGCUUGGUUCUUUUGUGACAUGAGAGCUGGUUUAUUUCGUACUGUUCAUUGAAACUGUAGUGCAUAACUUUCUAGUGAAUGAAAUGGAGAAGGUGCACACAUUGCCCUUCAAACUUCUACAUGCUGUGUUUUGAUUAAGGGAAGAAUUUGAUGAAAAAAGACAUAGGAAGUGUUGGAUUGGGGCACUGUUCCAAAGGUCAGCAGUCAGAGAUUGAUUAGGUGAGAUGGUGGAGAGGUUGGCUUAUUUUCCUGCAGAUGCUGAGAGUACUAAGCCAGCCAGGUAGGAACCAUCUUUCUGAGUGCAUGUGGCAAAGGCGAGCUUUGAGAAAUGAGGUCUGUGGAGCAGCUGAGCACACAUCGCAGAGAUUAUCUGGCUGGGGGCAAUGAAAUCUGCCUUCACAUUCACAAAAGGGGUCAAGCAAACUCCAGGGAGGAGGAAAUAGAGAAGGAAAAGCUUAAAUAUUGGUGUGACAUUUUCCAGAUUUGCUGUAAAAGCCUGGAGAUACAUUGUCUGUGAAGGUAGGCAGGUAUAUGAUAUUGUCUGUUAAAAUACAUUGAUGCUGAGUGCAUACAAUUUAAAUUGGUUUUCUCUCUAACUACAGUAGUGGCUAGAAAAAAAAUCAGCUUUCAUUUUUAUAGGAUACGUAAUGGAUAUGUGGAAAGUCUUCAUAUUUAUUACUCUAUAUGAAGAUUCUUUGUAAAUUUAUUGUUUUCAUGAUGAGAGAUCUGUAUCUGUUUUUCUUCCUUGUCUAGAAAAAGGUUAAAUGGGUUCUUCCUCCACAUGUUACAUUCUUGUGGCUAAACUGCAUCUGUUUAUUCCAAGAUUUUAUGUUGUUCCAUUCGUAAUAGUGAAAUUUUAAAAAGAGGGUCCUAUGCACCAUAGAUCUUCUGAGAGAGUUUUUUUUCCUUCUUCUUCUGGCAUAAAUGUAAAGCAUUAGGAGGAAAUUUCUCUAAGUGCCUCAACAUGGCUGCUAAAUCAAGAUGCUGAAAGUAUAUUAUUGCAUGCAUGAAUGGCUUUUACCUUACAGAUUUGCUAAUUAGAAGUACUGGAGUACCUGAUGUGGAUGCACAUUUCUCGCUUGUUUUCAAAAUUCAAGGUUUCUAUCCAGUUGGUUGAAAAAAUAAUGUGUUACAGAAAAAAGAGGCUCAAUUUGAAAGUUUGUCCCUUCAUUUCCGAGUUGGAUUUUUUUUUUGGUGCAUGCUGUAUCUUCUUUUCUUCUGAAAAUGCUAUUGCUACUUAUCUAUGCAGAAUGUAAAAAAUACAAUCUAACGAUCCUGCUGAGAGGUAAUGCAUACAAUAACACACUGAACAUGAAAUAUCAUAAUAGCAUUAAGAAGUGAAGAGUGCUACCAGGAUGAUGCCUCAUUAUCAAUGUAGUUCAUUAACAAUAUGCUGCUUUAUGUUUGAUUGUCAAUAUGUUACUCUGGGGUGAGUAGUGGUGGGUUUUGGUCCCUAAUACCUCUUCCACUCAUGGAUCAUGUACAUCUUCUCCCACCUCCACAUUCAGAAGGGAAAAGGCAGGGCUGCAGAUUGUUGUUCUCCUGUCUGAGCAUGGGAUGUCUGCCUUAGAGGAGAGUGAGAAGCUCUCUAGGCUACUGGACGAUGCUGCUUGGAUCCCCAUCACCUGGAAGAGGCGCUCAGACACCUCGCUCACGUAUGGACACCAACCUUCCGAGACGUAAAUUGAAAUCUUUACAGUCAAGGACUGAAGCUCGCUCUGGGUGUCCUGGCUGCAGGACAGUGAGGUCAUGAAGAGCGAAGGCUCACUGGCACAACUGCACCUUUAGCAUGGUGCAUGUUAUUCACAGUGACCUGACAUCUUACCUGCUGGCACCAGGGCUUUAGGCUGGGCUGGCCCUGGCCCUGUGGAGGGAAGGAGCUUUCUGGUCGGUGACACAGGAAUGAUGGAAACUCUUGCAUCUCCCCAUUCCUGUGCCCAUUGCCACAUCUUGCUGGAGACCACACAGCAUGAGAGGGGAAGGAUGCUUUUGGCACCUGAUGCCCUGUCUCCAGGAUUUGCAGGUGCUCUUCUUGUUUCCAUGAGCACAGGGAGCUCGGGGUGCUGGGGAGACCCUGAAGGGCAGGGGAGAAGCCAGCCAUGUGGGAAGAAAGAUGCAAGGCCACACUCACAUUAAGGAGCAAGGUAAGCAAGGAAGUAAAAUAAAUGCCAACUCUUGUUUUGUAGUGCAUCCCUUCCUCUUCCUCCUAAGUGCAAAAAAAUAGUUGCCCCUUCCUCACAUACCUUACUCAUUGCCCAGCGGGCCACCUCUCUAUGCUGCCCACAGCAACUGGGGCCUCAUUUUUCAUUUAGAAAAUGCAGUGUUUUCUUUUCAAGGGAAAGGAGACAGUGCUCAGAAAUACUUCCCUGGAGCCUCACCAGUGACUGUAAGUAUCAGUUUCAGCUGUCUAAGCAUACCAACUGUUCUCCAGACUGUUCCUUCUGCCUGAUACAAAACAAAGCCUAAUGAGGAAAAUCGAAGCAGUUUAUAGGUGGCUUACAUUAGCUUUAAUAGUUUGGCAACAUCUUAAUGUGAUGCCUAACCUUUUUCAUCAGUUAUUUCCCAGGAGUCAAGAUUAGGGUCCUGAAGAGCUGUUAAUGUGCUGCGGCAUCUAUGUUAACGGCAUUUGCCUUAACACUUGGGAUUUAGUUAAAAUUGAAGUUGUUUGUUGGAUUUUCUUUUUUCCUCUGGAGCCAAGUAGCCCUGGUUGUGCAGGAGUGGGUUUGUUGCUUUUGUUGUUCGGGGGUUUUUCUGGGACGGGUGGGCAGUCAGCAGUUAAGACCUUGCCCAGAGCCCUGCGACUGAAGGACCUGGCACCUCCUUCCCUAGCUCCAGCAGCAGAUCCAGCAAACUCACUGCACCAACAAUUCUGUUUUUCUUAGCAGAGUUUCCUUCCACAUGACAAAUAAAGCAGUUUGGAAACACCUUCAGGCUGAUUUCUAAGACACAGGCCUGCAGCUUUCCUCCUCUUGGGCACUGUGCCUGAAAUAAUGUAAUGCAAAAGCAAAAGAAAGGUCCUGCUUCACAUCUCUGUUAUUCCAGGUUUUUAUUGCUCUGACAGCAUAAACUUCACCAUAAUUAUACUGGCCCAUAUAAGAUCAGGGAGCAGCAUGUUUCUUUGUAAAGCUUCAUGAGCAGCAAUGCUAUAAGAUUUCUGUCCAUCUUCCUGGCAUUAUUUUGUUGCUUAAACAAGGCAGUUUGGCUUCUGCUACUGUGGUGCUGAAAAAAAUCUCAGUCUUUUGUAAUGGCGAUGUACUUGCUAAUCUCUCCCAUCACAUUCCCAGCACUGCCUUUUCCAGUUAUAUAAUUCACUGUAGGCUUGGAGUGGACAGAGAAACAUGCUGUGUCAUUAGAACUUGUUCCUGAUAAUUUGAUGUCUAGUUCAAGCACUCACCUUAUGGCCUUAUGGCCUUAUUAAGGAAUGAAAAUUUGUCCUCUCUUCCCCACUCAUCAGUGCUGACAGUAAAAACCUUUUUCACCAUCAAGAAAGAAAAAACCCGCUGUUUCUGAUGUUGGGUAUUUUCCACUGCUAUUGUAUUAGUAGGGAGGCUGUCAUAGCCUUGCUAGGGAUUCUACCCAACAUGCAGCAGUUAUUUGCUAUUCACUAAAAACAGAAAUACAGAAUAAAAAAGUCAUGGAAGUCAGAUCCAGAGCCACACUUCAUAACUGUAUCAUACCCAUUCAACCAAAUGGCACGUCACAUCACCUUUGGGUCUGGAUAUGUUUCAGAUUUGACAUCCAUGACUAAAUCAGGAGGCUUUUAAAGUUGGUUUUCUCGUUAGCACAUGCUUCCUUCUGCCCUAGUGGGAUCUUGUUUCCCACCUGCACUCUUGUAUCAGUUAUGAGUGCUGCUGUUUUAAAACGUAUCUCACUUUUUCUUCCCUCUGUUGCUGUUCCCCUGAUACAUAUGGAAUUAUUCUUUUUUUUUGGUCUGGGAUAAGGAUUAUCUUGUUUCCAGACUGGUGAGGACAACUAUGUAUGGGAUGAACAAUCAGAAUUAUGUCAUUCUGCUGGAGUCGAUGGCUGUGUCCUCCCUACAUGUAACAAAAGCAUACUCAGAAAAAGUACCCAGUUUCCACUGUAACACUUCGUUCAGUUUGGGUCCUGUAAUACUUUCUUUGUCUACAUUUCGUGGAGGGAAAUGGGUUCCAUAGCCUGCAAUGUCCUUGGCUUUCUUCUUGGCCAUAUCACUAGCUCUGUGAUUUCAAGUAAAUGUUGGAAGAGGAAAAAAAAAAUAAAGAAUUCCUAUCAGUUGCCAUAUUUAAGAUGAAAGAAUAAAUUAAUAGGCUGUAAAUUACUUUAUUCUUUAGGAAUUUUCCUUCUGUUUAUGUGCAAUAAUGUUUGUGAACUCUGCUACUAAGAGAUUGUAUUGUGAGUAAUCAUAUAUACUUUCAUUCCUAUUUAAAAGAUAGUUUGUAGACCUAGGGAUUUUCAUUGAUGUAAAGCACAAUUUAAUGAAUUAUUUAAUGUGUUUAACCAUUGUGAUGUCAAAAGCAAUUGUUUUCAUAUAUUUAUUUGUUGGUGGUUUUCUGUAAAAUGAUGCUCAUUAAGAGAUCUGUUAAAAAUGAAGUUUUGUUGAAUAUUGUUGGGUCCAUGAAUUACUUACGAGAACAAAUAAACAUUGAUUGUGUUUUUGAAACA